GUCAAAAAAUUCUACACACCAGCAGUGUGUGAGGAGACCUGAAAGUGGCACAUGGCAGAGUGUGGCGAUGGAGACAGCAGCAAUGGGAGGGCCGUACAGGGACCCAUGACAGACUCUGGACCUGGCAGCAGCAGCAUGAGGAGGCGGUAUAUAGGGGCCUAUGGCAGAUUAGGGGCCUGGCAGCAGCUAUGGGAGGCCCGUAAUCUGCCAGCACCCUAUGUCAAAAAAUUCUACACACCAGCAGUGUGUGAGACCUGAAAGUGGCACAUGGCAGAGUGUGGCGAUGGAGACAGCAGCAAUGGGAGUCCCAACAUGGGCCCCCUGGCCACGCUUGACUUUCUGGCCACAUAGUCGACAGU